AUGGUUAUUAAAAAAUGUGUAAGAUGCAACAGUAAUAUUACCAAGAAAGCCACUGGGCUGGAAAGCAGGAGAUGCGAAAAGGUAGUACACGCAACAAUUGACUGUGCUAAAUUAUCAACUGAGCAACUAGCCGCCCUUCGAGCUUCGGAUGGCCUAGAAUGGAGUUGCGAAGACUGCCUCAAUAACGCGAGCAGACGUUCAUCAUUCUUUAUUCCUGAAGAUACAGAUGAAACCAUAUCCAAGGUGCCAUUUGACAUGCAAAAAUUUAUGAGGAACAUUACAUCUGAAAAUAAGAAGACUAUCAAAGCAGAACUCGAGAGCUUCCAAGCGUCUAUCGAGUUUAUAGGUGAUCAAGUUGCAAACAUUGAGGAAGUUCUUAGGAAUCAGAAUAGCAAAAUAAAAUAA